AUGGGAGUACCACCAUACUUUCUGCAAUUGCAACCUUGGGCCUUCUGCUCAUCCAGCGAGUUCUCAUCGGUACGGCUACGAGUAUGGGCCUGGAGAUUCCUGGAGUCUGUAGCUGCCGAUGUCGCUGCCAAUCUCAAGAGCGGCGGUCUUUCGCUCCUCCACGCUUCCCAUUCUCUACUCAAGGACUCAAGGGCCGAUUGA